CAAUUUUGGAACUUGCUUCUAAACCACGUCGUCAACAACACUCACUCCUCAACUCGGGUCUCACUCACCAACUCGCCGAGUCACAUUAGUACUAUAUUUCGUUUCGUUGGUGUUCAUGCCAUUUCACUUUCCUUCUUCACUUCACUUCACCCAUUUGACACCACCAGAUGGAGUCAAUUCAACAAAAUUAUAAUGAUGAUUCCAUGGAGCAUUCAUCUAGUAGUCCUCCAGGUUCGCCUGAUAUAAGUGACGUAGUUGGAGCCCUGCAGUUGGAUCCUCGAGUUGGUGAAGAAUACCAGGUGGAGGUCCCUGGCAUCAUAAAAGAAUCAGAACGGCUUCAACUUCUUAUGAAUCCUGCUGAUUCAGAAGUUAUGCUUGAUAGCUCGCUUUCUUUUGCAAUUGGUUUGCCCAUCUCAGUCACAUGGAUACGUAAUGAAGUGGAGGAUAGUGGACGUGAAAGGAAUCUUGCAGACGUUGAUGGAGGCAAAAAUUCAGGUCAACUGGGUAAAAGCAAAAAUUAUGUAUUGGUUCCUGGCACAUUGAGUAACUCUUGGAGUGAAGCUGAUGCAAAAAGUUUUCUCCUUGGUUUGUUUAUUUUUGGGAAGAAUUUUAUUAAGAUAAAAAAAUUCUUAGAGAACAAAGGGAUGGGGGAAAUACUGUCAUUUUACUAUGGAAAGUUUUUCAAAUCUGAAGAAUAUCAUAGAUGGUCAGACUGCAGGAAGAUAAAAGGGAGAAAAUGUAUUAUAGGACAGAAGCUUCUUAAUGGACAGAGGCAACAUGAACUAUUGUCUCGCUUGAUUCCCCAUGUCUCAGAAGAAUCUAAAGAUACUUUGUUGCAGGUUUCUCAGUCAUAUGUGGAGGGCAGAACUUCUGUAGAAGAAUACAUUUUAUCUAUAAAGUCUAUUGUUGGACUUGGUGUUCUUGUAGAAGCAGUAGGUAUUGGAAAGGAAAAGGAAGACCUUACAAGCCUUGCUGUGGAACUUGGGAAGAACAAUCGGGUGUUUUCAGUACCAACUUGUAAAGCUUGGGCUUCUCUUGGGCCCAGUGAUAUAAUAAAAUAUUUAACAGGAGGAUUGCGACUUAGCAAAGCCAAAAGUAAUGAUCUCUUCUGGGAAGCUGUUUGGCCCCGCUUACUGGCAAGAGGUUGGCACUCUGAGCAACCAAAGAAUCAAGGCUAUGUCCACUCCAAAGAUCAUCUGGUUUUUCUUAUCCCUGGUGUUAAGAAGUUUUCGAGGAGAAAACUUGUGAAAGGUGAUCAUUACUUUGAUUCUGUUAGUGAUGUAUUGAGCAAAGUAGUAGCUGAACCUAAUCUUCUUGUGCUUGAAGAAGAGACUAAAGUUGGUAGCUGCAAUGAUGAAGAGCCAGAAAAGGGAUUGAAUAAGGAUGACCAAUUUGAUUAUCAUCGUCAAUGUUACCUCAAGCCCCAAGCUUCUACUACAGAUCAUAUAAAAUUCAUGGUUAUUGAUACCAGUUUGGUGCAUGGAGGGAAGUCAUCUGAUUUAAUGGAAUUUAAAUCUGCACCUUUUAAGUCAGUGAGUAAAGUUGAGGUAAAUGCUGCUGGUAUUACAAGUAAAGGGGCCAAACAUACGAGGAAAGUAAACCAUUGCAAGGAUAUGCCUGAUAACAUUGAUAAAAAGUUGACAAAAUUCACAGUAAUUGAUACCAGUAGGCUUUAUGAAGGAAAAUUAUUGAAGGUGAGAGAACUGACAUGUCUUCCAGUUGAAUUAGAAAAUGCUUCUAAGAUGACUGUUCUCUCAAGAGAAAGUAAGGAUAGCUCCUCUGAUGAAGAUUCAUCAAGCAUGGUGACAUGUGACAAAAAGAAUAUUAGUAAUACUAAUAGCCAAAAAGGCAUAUCUGACAGUGAUGCUACCAACCAAAAAGAAGCAAAUGAUAAGCCAGAUAAUAAUGCAAAAAAAAGGGUAGAAAGCCAGAAAAAUCAGAAGACCCGUGUGACUGAUGAUAAUCAGCUAAAGAGGACUAUAAAGCAUCAAUUCCGUCGGAGGGCAAGAUCAGAUCAUUGUAAUCCUAUGGUUCUUCCCAUUAAAAGGAGAAGAUUGACUGCUUGUGCCAAGGCAGAGACAAGCCGCGCCGUUGAGAAUUCAUCAGGAGGCUUGGAAUCUGAAAAAGUGGCAUUCUCUCAGUCAUCGAGCUUUCCAGAUUCCCACCAAAAUGUUUGUGAUUCAGUUAGUUCUCGGCCGAAUGGAAGUUCAAUUGCCUCUUUAGCUGACAGAAGUGUGGAAGUGAAUAACGAGGAAAUCAUUCUCAAUGAAAUUUGUCAAUCCAGGAGCAAUUCUUGUGUUGAAGUCGAGAAAUGUGAAUCACAGUCGGCGGUCACCUUCAACACACCCCAGGUUCUGUUGAAGUCUGAAGAUGGUGAAAUGGUGGCGACAGUGGAGGAAGAUGGGCAGUGCAAAAAGGCAAAUGAUCCGUGUUUGUCAACUGAUACUCAGGGGGUAGUCGAAAAGCCACAAAGAUCCUCUUGUGAUGUUGGUUCUAUGGAACAGCAGCCUACUAAUAUAAAUCCUAGGAGACAGAGCACAAGAAAUCGACCAUUGACUGUUAAAGCAAUGGAGUCCUUGGGAAAUGAAUUCUUGCAUGUGCAGAGGAGACGGAAAAAGAAAGACAUCCUGUCACACAUUGAUGCUUUCAGCCCAUGCCGCAAGGCUCGUACAAGCAAAACAAAGCUGCAUCGUCAUAGUUCAGAUCAUGGAACUGCAGUUUUAGUAAAAGAAAAGCAUUUAAGUGGAGAUCAUAAAAUGGAGAUUGUAGAGUUAGUGGAAUGUUUCCAAGCCACUAAGCUAAAUUAAAGAGCAUUUAUACAGGUAUCUUUGAAGCUACUAGUUAUCAUAGAUGUUUUGACUUUUAGAAAGAAAUGGAUUUUGAAAAUACUGACAUUCCUCCUGUCUGACAUGCAAAUUUUAUGUUCUAAAGGUGUCAGAGUUAUUUGACAUACUGUACAGAAUUUUGCCAUACUUCAGAGAAUGCUGCUGAGAUCAGUCUUUUGUUUUUAAAUGGAAUAGGAAGUCACUGCUUU